AUGAUCUCUGCGAUUAAGUACAAAGAUCAUCUUCCCCAGCUCCCCAUUACCCUUUCACAUUCAUCUUCGUCUUCUACAACACAAGACAAGGAUCAUCUUCCAGUUCGAUUGAAAACGAUAAUGGUGUUAACGUUAUGGUCAGUCCGUUCCAAAUACACGAAAGCAUCAAACUAUGAUUUGGAAAGAAUAUAUCAGGGAAUAAGCAACUACUUCACAUUAAAAAUCCAUCAUGGUGGGAUAUUCACAAAAAAACCCUGGGAGAAGGGUAAUGAACCAGUCAUGGAUGAUGUGCCAGUUAUGAAUGAUGAACCAGUCAUGACUGAUGAGCCAGUCAUGAAUGAUAAGCCAAUCAUAGAUAAUGAACCAGUUUUAGAUGAUGAAUAUGAUUUCUUUGAUGAUGAACCUUUGAUAGAUGAGGUGGAGGUGAACAUGAUCAACUUAUGUAGUGUACUUGAUGAAGACAUUGACUUGGGGCAGCUUGAUCUGACAAAUAAUAAUACAAUGGAACAUGAAGACAUUGAAUAUGAACCUUUAGAAGUCUUAGAUAAUGAUGUGUUUAAAUCAUUUGCUAGUGAACAAGAGCCUAGAAAGAAAUUGUUAAAGUCCAUUCUAAAACCAAUUGCUUGUUCAUCUAGUGAAGUUCACACUAAAGCUUUUAAGAUUGGUCAGACAUUCAAGGAAAAGGAAAAGAUCAAAGAAGCUAUUGCCAACUACUCUGUAAAAGAAAUGAGGGAUCUACAUUAUGUAAAGAAUGACAAGAUAAGAAUUAGGGUAAAGUGUAGGGGUAUUGUUCCUUAA